CCCAUCCGCUGCUUGAUUACAUUGGCUUUCUUUACUGCCCGAACCAAGACGUGUGUGAACGUCGAAGUGGGGGGUACAAUUGGAGACACUAAAUUGACCCGUAAGCAGUGACAAAUCAACUGUAACUGUUUUAUCCUAGCUUUAAACUACAUUUCGGUGUUUGUAGGGAGCUGUAAAUUUCGACAAAUUCUAAAAUGUCUUGGCAAAGCUACGUGGAUAACCUGAUGGCCGAUGGCAGCUGUCAGGAUUCCGCCAUUGUUGGGUAUACGGACGCGAAAUAUGUUUGGGCAGCACAUGCGGGUGGUACUUUUAACAACAUAACGCCUCAAGAAAUUGAUGUCAUCAUUGGGAAGGACAGGACAAGCUUUUUCACCAACGGCAUGACCUUGGGUUCAAAGAAGUGCUCGGUCAUCAGGGACAGCCUCCACAGUGAAGGGGACUGGACAAUGGACAUCCGGACAAAGAGCCAAGGCGGAGAGCCAACAUACAACAUCAGCGUAGGCAAAGCUGGCAAAGCAUUGGUUUUUGUCAUGGGAAAAGAAGGGGUCCAUGGCGGACAGCUCAACAAGAAAGCGUUUACCAUGGCAGAGUACCUGAGGAAGUCUGGAUCUUAAAGCAGCCUCGACCCCCUCCCUUCCUCUAGCAGCUCAUUUACCCCCUGUUGUGUUGACAUUUUCCUGGGUUAGUUAGCGGAUAUCUCUCCCCCAGAACCAUUUUUAUGUGCGCCCAUAUUUUGUUUUAUUUGUCAUGGUACCUGGAAUUAUUUUUUUUAUUUUUUUUUGCUCCUUUUGUCUACUCCCUGUGUUUCCCUGGAGUGAUAACACUAUGUACCCCAGACACUACAACAAGAGCAUGUUCAUCCCGAAAUGGUUGAAAUGUAUAUUUACCAAAACAGAACUGUGCGAAGAAAUGAAUAAAAAUGUAAUAAAGUGUGUACCAAAUUUCGACUUGGCUUGUAUAAACAAAUGCGUAAACAAUUGGAAAACUACGUUAAAUGGUUGUCUUAAGAUGGUGCAGAUGGUUUUGUAUAAUACAACCAGUUGGCAUUGUCUUCCUUUUACUGAAUAUUAAAAGUUGCAUGCGUUUCUUUUACCAAGCUGAAUUGACUUCUUUCCCUCCCAGACCUUUAUAUCCUCGCCCAAAAAAAAAAAGGUUACCAUUCAGCCCCUUGUUUCUCGCUUUGUCAUUUGAUCCAUUCAAUUUCAGAUUUCCUCCCAACAUGGAGGUCCAAACACGAACGACUCUUCUCUGGUGAGUCGGCCAGCCCUUUUUUUUUUUUUUUCUUUUAUUAUUUUUUCUUUUUUUUUUUUGUUGCGUUGUGUUCCAUCAGAUGCUUUUGCUGUUGUAACUUGAAUGUGGUCUUAAGUCGUUGAUGUGGUGUUGGACUUUUUGGGUGUAAUGGCGGAUAGAGUUAUGUUGCUGAGGUUUAUUCAUGUGUGAACAGUUCCUCCUGUGAUCUUCACAUCUCGACGUCUCCAUGGACAUUCCAUCUGCAAUAGCACCGGCACCAACCUUCAGUCUGCCAGCUCCUACAAUGUGUUUCCAUCUGCCGGCAUUGUGCAGUGUAAUCAAUCCACCUCCCUUCAUAACCAUGUUAUUUUAUUUUUGGCAAGUUUUCUUUUCCAUAGGACCAAUUGUUACGCUAAAUGGUGAUUUUUCGGAAUUGCCCCAAACCAUUAUGAAGGAUGAUUGUUGGCCUCAUUUGUUUAACUGUAAUCGUUAGACACUAUACUUCAGAUUACUGUAAAACACUUACUGCUUCUUUAGAUUGCUGUAGAUCACUAAUUGACUGAUUUGUAGUUAACUGACAUAAUUGCAGUCUCAUUUGACAACUGUGGUAUCCAGAUUGUUCUCAGUGAAUGCAUUUGACUGUAAACCCCAGCUCUGCUGGAAAACAAACUCUUUGAAUUCAUUGCCUUGUGCUCUACUCAUCAAAGAUGUAUCAACAACUGUCAUUGCACGGUAAUUAACAGUAUAUUUAAAUAUAAAAAAUAAAAAGAGGGGGUAAAAAAGAAGGAAAAGUGAACAUGUGUACACUAAAUUUCUGAAAAAUGGUGUUGGUUGGAAUAAGAGCACUGAGUUGUCUUGUGAAAACGGUCUAAGAGAAACAGUGCAUUCUGUGCCAUAACGUAGAUCUGAUCUGAUGCUACUGUUUGAUUCUUAUUUUCUUUUUAACUGCUGCUCCAGCACGGACUAGCUUCAAUGGCACUUUCCUUCGGGAUAUUUUGGCUGACACACUCAAGAUGUUGUGGAUUGUGUAAAGAAUAAAGUAUUACUAAUUUGUCAACCCUGUUAUACAUUUGGAUUGGUAAAAAUUAAGAAAUGUGGUUUUAAAAAAAAAAAGGGAAAUGACAAAAAUUAAUAAAUAAUCUUGUUUACAGAUGGAUCAAAUAAAGUUAUUCCAACCAGAACUGUAA